AUGAAUUGGCUAUUGAUAUACUACUUUAUAAUAGCUGUAAUUGCAUUACCGUUUGAAGAUGUUGUUAUCUUUGAGAAGGAUGACGGACCUACAGAAGAAGAAGGGGCUUCGGUAGCAAGGACUUUGGUUAAUAGAGAGUCACUUGCCAGUGUUGCAACCAUUAAAACAUGGAAGCUGAGGGAUGGCAAAACCAAACAAUUGCCUGUGGUUAAUAUGGAAUACUACGCCGAUUGCGAUGAAGAUGGUGAUCCAUACUGGUUGGUUAUAGAUGUUGGUGGUGCUAAUCAAAACAUCAUUAAGGGGCUGCCAUUCAGUUUUGCAAUUCGGGAUGGCGAUCAUCCUGAUUGGGAUAAAGUUCCGUCUAAUUAUCCAGGGAAGCGUGAAGGAUCAAACGCAGGCUCGCCACGGGUUCAAUUAACUGGGAGAUUGGAGUACAUCAACUUUUUCAACCCUUUGGAUCCCAGAAGAUUGAAGUUGGAGAGAUGUUUUGUUACUAGACACCCUGACUCAUCGUUGUGGCUUCCUGGAUCUAUUGUAUCUCCACAUAAGUCUCACUGGGUGAAGCUCAAGGUUGAUGGGGUGUACAUUAUUGGAGGUUUUGGCGACACAGCUUAUAUUGGAGACAUUGAACCGGAAUUGUAUCAUGCUGCAGAGAUCAUACCACCUCCAGAUGAUGAAGAAGGAAGAAGAAACAAGUAA